AUGCCCCAAUAUCUGUUCCACUUUGCUCAAGUACACAACGAUUUUCGGAUACCAGAACUCGACUCGAUAUCAGAACUCUACGGGUUCAGCUACAAACUCGCCGAGAACAGCGGUGGGCACGGAAAUGAUCCUGGCCGACCGUUCAUGGUCCUCGAGCUCGCCGAUGAAGCUCAGGCGAGGCUUUUAGCUCGGAGAUGCAUCUUAGUGAAAGCCGUGUACGAGUACUAUGCUCAGGGAACGACCUAUGAACAACUUCACGCCGCCAACCAGCUCCCAGAAGCUCGAGAAAAAUGGUCAAAAUACAUUGAAGAUACCAGCUUCAAGUUCAUCAUUACAGCCUACAACCACACCAUCCCUCAAAGGCGACAAAGAGCCGUCAUCGAGAACUUCUCCUACAUGGGGUUCCUCGGCAAGAUCGAUAUGAAGAACCCGGAGAUAUUGUUGACCUGCUUUGAAGAAUAUGACGACGAACGUCGGGCAACCCCUCGAGCUAGACAUGAAGGAGAUGGGGAAUUCCGACAAGUAUACUUUGGGAAAUUGCUAGAGGAAGGCUCUGCUCGCCCAUUGGUUGGCGUUUUCGAUGUCAAGAAACGAAAAUUCUAUGGUAAUACGAGCAUGGAGGCAGAAGUCUCCUUGCUGAUGGCCAACCAGACCCUCGCUUCGCCAGGGAAACUCAUGUACGACCCCUUCAUGGGUACAGGGAGCAUGGCAUAUCCUGUAGCACAUUUUGGAUCCCUCGUGUUCGGCUCAGACAUUGACGGCCGCCAAAUGCGAGGAAAACAGGGCAUGCAAUCUGAGCCUGGAGUCAUCCGAGCUGCCAAGCAAUACAACGUCGACCACCGAAUUCUCGAUCUCGCCACCUUCGACAUCACGAACCACCCUUGGAGAACUGGAGGGAUCUUUGACGCUAUCAUUACUGACCCACCCUAUGGUGUACGAGCAGGAGCUAAACGGCUAGGAAGGAAGCGCGAAUUGUCGGAGCGGCAGAAAGAGCUGUGUAAGCUUCACAGGGAGAAUCCUCGUCCAGACGAUGCCCCUUACAUUCCUCCAACAAAACCGUACGAACUCUCACACCUCGUAGAAGACCUCGUUCUCUUCGCUCGCUACAUCCUAAAGCCGAACGGUCGACUCGUGUUCUUCCUCCCAACAAUAACAGACGAAUACGAAGAAGUGGACAUCUACACCAUGCUCUGCGAGGGGAUGGAAGUGAUCGCCAACUCUCUGCAGGAUUUUGGAGGAUGGGGAAGGCGGUUAAUCACAAUCAAAAAGACGACCGACAAAGAGUACGGCCCACCGGCCUUCGAGCAACGAGCAGAAACGAAUGGAGAGCCAAAACACAUCCCAGCUCAUAAAGACUUCCGGGAAAAGUAUUUCCAGGGAUUCAAAAAGGACAGGUCGCGAUCGCGGAGCGGGACUCCAGAGGUAGUACUGGACACUCCCAAAUCGUCGUAA